GCGACUGCAACAUCAGCAAGAGGAGAGUUUCUUAUCUAUUUCUCCAAAGAAUUUCACAAUACAUUUCAAAUGCGGUGAUGAAUUCAACUACUCUCACUCCAUCCCUCCAAAACUUCUCCCUUUUCGAUUUCCCACUCCGCCGCGGCGCCAAACCCUCACCCAAGACCGCUCGUUUCCCCCGAAAUUCCCCCGUUUCUCUCAAACCCUUCUCGCCGCUUCACCCACUCCGAGUUAGAUGCUCCGCCUCCGAUGAUAAGGCCGAUAAAAACCUGCCCAGAACCCAACAAAUUAGCUUAAAACACUCCAAUGGCGGAAAUAAUGCGCUUGAUGUUGCCAAGCCAAUCGCCUAUGCACUGUUCUAUGUAUUUAUUGGGGUUUUCUGUCCGCUUCUCGGGUUCCAGAAACCUGCAUUGGCGGCAGCCGCCUCUUCUGCGACAAUAGAGGAAAAGGGUCAUAAAUAUUCGCAGUAUACUCGGAGGUUAUUGGCGACUGUGUCGAAGCUGGUAAAGGUAAUUGAGGAGGCGAGAAAUGCGGGAAAUGAGGAUUUUGCUGUGGCUGUUGAGGAGGGCUUGAAGGAAGUUAAAAGGACAAAGACGUCGUUGCAAGAGGAAAUACUGAAUGGGCUUUACUCGGAGCUGAGUGUUUUGAAAGCAGAGAAGGAGGCACUGAUGGACCGUACGGAGGAGAUUGUGAGCAAGUCAUCUAAGUUGAAGAAGGAGGAGCAGGGUUUAAUGAGGAAAGCAAAAGGUGGAGGUGACAAGCUUCAGAGGUUGAGAGAGGAAAAGAGGAGCUUGGAGAGAGAAUAUAAUGACAUAUGGGGGAGAAUUGGGGAGAUUGAAGACCUGAUUGAGAGUCAAGAAACUAUAGCAUUAAGUAUUGGUGUGAGGGAGCUUUUGUCGAUUGAGAGAGAGUGUGAGGCAUUGGUCAAGAACGUAUUGACUGAACUGAGGAGUCAAGGUAGUCAGAGUACCUCAAAACCCCCUGCUACCAAGCUCUCGAAGAGUGAGCUUCAGAAAGAACUACAGCAAGCGAAUAGGAAGUUUCAGGAACAGAUUAUUUUACCCACUGUCCUGCUAAAUGAGGAUGCAGAGUUUCUUUCCAAUCAAGACUCAACUGCUUUUGCUCAUCGGAUACAACAAGUUCUCAGGGAUUCGAAGGAGAUGCAAAAUAAUCUGGAGGCUAACAUCAGGAAGGCUAUGAAGAAACAUGGUGAGGAAAGACGCUUUGUAGAAAUCACACCACCAGAUGAGGUAGUAAAAGGUUUUCCAGAUAUUGAGCUGAAGUGGAUAUUUGGAAAGAAGGAGGUGGUAAUACCAAAAGCUGCAAGCCACCAUUUACUUCAUGGUUGGAAGAAAUGGCGAGAGGAUGCUAAGAUGGACCUUAAGAAACGUCUUCUGGAAGAUCCGGAACUAGGCAAAACGUAUGUGGCUGAAAGACAGGGGCGUAUUCUUCUUGAUCGGGAUAGAGUAGCAUCAAGGACAUGGUACAAUGAACAAAAGAAUAGGUGGGAAUUGGAUCCAAUAGCUGUUCCCUAUGCCGUGUCCAAGAAGCUUGUGGAGAAUGCUCGAAUAAGACACGAUUGGGCAGCCAUGUAUGUUACACUUAAGGGGGAUGACAAGGAAUAUUAUGUGGACGCAAAAGAAUUUGACAUGCUGUUUGAAGAUUUGGGGGGUUUUGAUGCAUUGUAUUUGAGAAUGAUAACAGCUGGAAUCCCAACUGCAGUUCAGCUAAUGUGGAUCCCCCUCUCAGAGUUGGAUAUCAAUCAACAGUUUCUUCUGAUACUAACACUUUUCCGUCAGUGCUUUACUGGAUUAUGGAGGACUAGUGUUGUAUCACGUGCAAGAGAUUGGACCUUUGUAAAAAUAAGGGAUAUUAAUGAUGACAUAAUGAUGAUGAUUGUGUUUCCCGUUCUGGAGUUUGUUAUCCCCUAUGAGGUGAGGAUGCGUUUGGGUAUGGCUUGGCCAGAGUACUCCGAUGUAUCUGUUAGCUCCACUUGGUAUUUGACAUGGCAAUCUGAAGCUGAAACGAACUUCAAAUCAAGGAAAACAGAUGGAUUUUUGUGGUAUUUUUGGUUUUUGGUUAGGACUGCCAUAUAUGGAUAUGUGAUCUUUCAUGUGUUCCGCUUCUUGAAGAGGAAUAUUCCAAGAGUACUUGGUUUUGGGCCUUUAAGGAAAGAUCCGAACUUCAGGAAGUUGCGGAGAGUGAAAGGUUAUCUUAGGUAUAGGUCCAGGAAGAUAAGGCAAAAGAGAAAAGCUGGUGUUGAUCCAAUCAGCACUGCCUUUGAUCAUAUGAAGAGAAUAAAAAGUCCUCCAAUACGACUCAAGGAUUUUGCGAGCGUUGAAUCCAUGAAAGAAGAAAUCAAUGAAGUUGUGGCAUUUCUACAAAAUCCUAAUGCAUUCCAAGAAAUGGGAGCUCGUGCACCUCGGGGUGUUCUUAUCGUUGGUGAGAGAGGAACUGGUAAAACAUCCCUUGCACUGGCUAUAGCUGCAGAAGCCAAGGUUCCUGUUGUAGAAGUAAAAGCCCAACAGCUGGAAGCUGGUCUUUGGGUAGGCCAAAGUGCAUCAAAUGUUAGAGAGUUGUUUCAAACUGCACGUGAUCUGGCUCCUGUCAUUAUAUUUGUCGAAGACUUUGACCUCUUUGCUGGUGUCCGUGGAAAGUUCCUUCACACCAAAAAGCAGGAUCAUGAGGCAUUCAUUAAUCAACUUCUCGUGGAACUUGAUGGGUUUGAGAAACAAGAUGGAGUUGUGCUGAUGGCUACUACUCGAAAUCUCAAACAAGUUGAUGAAGCUUUGCAGCGUCCUGGUAGAAUGGAUAGAAUAUUUCAUCUUCAACGACCCACUCAAGCAGAAAGAGAGAGGAUCCUACAUAUUGCUGCAAGAGAAACGAUGGAUGAGGAUCUCAUUAACUUUGUUGACUGGAGAAAGGUUGCUGAAAAAACGGCUCUUCUUCGUCCUAUAGAAUUAAAACUAGUCCCACUGUCUCUGGAAGGUAGUGCCUUCAGAAGAAAGUUUCUGGACACAGAUGAACUUUUGAGCUACUGCAGUUGGUUUGCUACUUUCAGUCCCUUGGUCCCUAGAUGGGUUGCGAAAACCAAAAUUGUGAAGAGAAUAAGCAAGAUGAUGGUGAAUCAUCUUGGUCUGACAUUGACAAAAGAGGAUUUGCAGGAUGUUGUUGACCAAAUGGAACCAUAUGGUCAAAUAAACAAUGGAAUAGAACUGCUAAGUCCACCUCUUGAUUGGACCAGGGAGACAAAAUUUCCCCAUGCAGUCUGGGCUGCUGGCCGGGGUCUCAUGGCUCUUCUGUUACCAAAUUUUGAUGUUGUUGAUAACCUUUGGCUUGAACCUUCUUCUUGGGAGGGAAUUGGAUGCACCAAGAUUACCAAGGGUAGGAAUGACGAUUCCGUAAAUGGGAAUGUUGAGACAAGGGCAUAUCUUGAGAAGAAGCUUGUAUUCUGCUUUGGCUCUUAUAUUGCCUCGCAGCUACUACUUCCGUUUGGAGAGGAAAAUAUUCUUUCUGCCUCAGAGCUGAAGGAUGCUCAGGAGAUUGCUACUAGGAUGGUCAUUCAGUAUGGGUGGGGUCCGGAUGACAGUCCAACAAUUUACCACCAUGGAACUGCGGCGACAGCUCUGAGUAUGGGAGACAACUUUGAAUAUGAGAUGGCUGCUAAAGUUGAAAAGAUUUACAACUUGGCAUAUGACAAGGCAAGAGUUCUGCUUCAGAAAAAUUGUUUGGUCCUGGAGAAAAUUGUUGAGGAACUCAUUGAGUACGAAAUUUUGACAGGAAAGGAUUUAGACAGAAUAAUUGCAGAAAAUGGCGGGAUUAAAGAAAAAGAGCCAUUUUUCCUUUCGAGCAGCAGUUAUGAUGAGGAAACAUCACGAAGCUCGCUUGAUGGAAACACACCAGCAAUUGCCCUUUUAAGUGCGGCAAAUUAGAACUGGUUGGAUAGUUUAGGACAUAGCUUGGACGGCUAAGCUGCUAAAGGGGGGAUGAAGAAGUUAAAGAGGCCUGUAAAAGGAGAGAGUGUAUUUCAGUUGAGAUUUGAGAAGUGUUGUUUCAAAUUUUCCUUCUCAGCAGUCAGAAAGAGGUACCAAUUGUGCACAUAUGUGAAAGGCAAAUAGAUACUACAGUAAUACUUUUUGUUUCAAUAUCUUAGAUUAAUUCUUAAGAUAUAUAUUUCCAGAAAUAUUCAUUUUGUACCAUAGAUGCCUUGCAUCUUCUUCCACGGAAGCUGUUCAUGAAAUUUGAAACGCUCGAGAGAAUAUUUUUUUCGUUUUA